CGCGCCGCCACCUGCUGGCCUGCAUCCCGGGGCUUCCCGGUCUCCUGGCAACGCCAAAGAUGGCCGGCGCGCGAGGACUCCUGGGGAGUGUAGUUCUUUCCCUCCUUUCCACUCUGUCCAUGGCUCAGCUAUUAGGACCUAGGCGCCCUGGACUACACUUCCUAGGUUGCUCCACGCGCGUCUCCCACAGCCUCGCGAGAACCCUGUGCCGGAACCCAUCUGGAGAGGGGGAGCUCUCGCGAGGACCGCCGGUAGUUGUAGUUUGAGGCUGAGGAGAGACUAUAGAGGAGUCUACAAGGCUGAGCGGAGACUACGAAGGCGGAGAGACUACAAGUCCCAGGGGGAGAGGCGCGACCGCCUGGAGGGCGGGGGGUACGAAAGAGGAACGCGAAGGGCGCCGGGAUCCCAUGUGAAAAUGAAAAGUCAAGCCGCAGAUGGGAGAAAAUACUUGCAAUAUACUUACAUCUGAAAUACACAUAUCUGACAAAGAGCGUGUGAAGAGCUAUUAUGACUCAGUGAUAGAAGGACAGCCAGUUAAACAAAAUGGACGAAUGAUCGAAGAAGACAUAUGAGGGCCCGGGGCCAGGGAUCUGCGGCUUCUUAGCAACCCCACCCUGCCCCCUGAGCACUGGGCGACAGGCUCUGGAUGUCUGCAGCUCCCAUCCCAGAAGGCCAGACCCUGCGCUCUGGGACAUGGAGCUCCAGCGCGCUGUCCUUCUGGCGGGUCUCCUGGUGGAAGUUGCUAGCAAAUCCUCAGAAAGUGUGGGCCAGCAGCCUGAAUGUUGUGUGGACUUGGUGGAUGUCAACACCACCUGCCAGAGCACAAGCCCGUGUGGCCCAGGCUGCUACAGGCACCGGAACGAAGACGGCAGUAUCAGCUGCGUCCGAUGCAGAAAUGGCACCUACCACGGCUCCGAAUGCAGAGGCCGCACGUCGCUGCCCGACCGCCCCGCGGCACCCCCCACCGGGCCCGCCUGGCCUGCUUCCCGCCGAGGGGCCUCAUCUCCAAGUUCUGGAGGAACGGCCACUGGCUGGGGCACGCACUUCCCGGUGAACAGGAGCACAGGGACACCGGGGCGGCCUGAUUUCGGGGGCCCUCAAGUGGCAGCCUCUCUCUUCCUGGGGACAUUCUUCAUCAGCUCUGGCCUCAUCCUCUUCGUGGCUGGGUUCUUCUAUCUGAAGCGAACCAGUAAACUCCCCAAGGUCUUCUACGGAAGAAACAAAGCCCCUGCCCUGCAGCCUGGCGAAGCUGUAAGUAACCAGAAGGAUGGGCUGAGUGCCCCCGUGUCGUGGGCCUCUGUGCUGGGGGCCGCCUGCACUUCUCACUGUGCCUUUUCUCCUUUUCAAGGCUGCUAUGAUUCCCCCGCCACAGUCCUCAGUGCGGAAGCCGCGCUAUGUCAGACGCGAGCGGCCUUUGGACAGGGACACAGGCCCCACUGCCAUCUCCUCGGUGGAGGCCCGGGUCAGCAACGUCUGACCCGGGGACCCACCCACAACUCUGCACACCGCCGCGGAGAGAGCCCAGCACACAGAGGGCAGGUCUGGACACGGCCCCUGGCUCAGCUUGACCGUCUCCCAGCGACAGAUGCUCAGUUGGAACCCGCCCAGCUGCCGGAAGGUGCUUCUUCCCACCCCACAGCUGCUCGGUGUAAUGGAGGGGGAGGCGCCCCUGAGGCGGGCUCCAGAGCGUGGCCAUGUGGGGUCUGGGCCCCUCAGGAGAGACAAGGACUGCUGGGCUUCUCCGUGCUUGGCAAAGCUGGGAGCUCAGCCACCCUGCCUAUCAGAGCCCACAGCGGGCAGACAUCCCCCGCGCCACCAGGCCAGUCGGCCUCCUGGCCUCCCCGCCCGGACGGUGUCCGGACCAGGGGAGGUGGGACAUGAGAACUGGCCCCUCCAAGGCUGAGGCGCCUACAGGGCCAUCCUGUAGCCAAGAGCCCCGCCCCCUCACCCCGAGCCCCAAACCACAGAUUUCCAGGAGCUGCAGAGGCGAGUUUCUUGGUUGGCUACUGACUUCUGUCAGUUUGAAGUAGCAAAGGCGGAGGGGCCCUGUUGUCCUCUCUGUCUCCUGCUCAUCACCUGCUCCCCACACGGGGCCCAUGUGUUGCAGGGACUGGCCUGAAAGCUCUGGAGGCCAAGGCCAGGUCCCCUGAGGGACGUGUCCGCCCAGGGUCACAUUUACCUGUGACUGCUGCCUGGGUAGCCUGGUCUGGAUGGACCUGUGGAGGGCCGUGCUGUCCCUGGCUGCUUGCACACAGAAAGGGGUUCCCGAGGAGAAGGGAGCGAUUGUGGCUACCUCCCACGCACUGGGCUCGGCACUGACUGUCUUUCCCAGAUUCUCAGUCGAGAAUGAUGGCUCCUUCAGCACCUGGUCCACAUCCCAGGGUCCCGAGGCAGGGCCUGUGUGCUCAGCUGCUGUGCCCUUCUGCACCGUGACACGUGGCCCACGCGUCUACAGUUUAUGGGUACGAGCUCGCUUGAGACUUGAACCCGCGACGGGCCCAGCACUGAGCGGGGCGCAGCAGCUCAAAAUCAGUGUCAAUAAACUAUUCAGGGCUUUCCCCAUC